CAGAACACAACUUUGGAAAGAAAUGUUGCUGUGAAGUAUAAAACCGUGGUAACUUUGUGUCUUGGCUUGAUACCUCUGUCUCUGUCUCAUUCACAAAACUACCUCUACAGAAGGGCAAAGUAAGAAUGAACCGUAACAUUAACACGACAGUUCACGGGGACGAUGAAGAAUCAACUCCUCUGUUGGGACCUAUGCGGGGUGGAAAUGCCUCUUUGAAGUCCUCUGUGUUUAACCUGAUUAAUGCCAUUAUGGGGAGUGGAAUCCUGGGGCUGUCUUUCGCAAUGGCCAGCACAGGCAUCGUGGGUUUCAGUAUCCUGCUGCUGGUAGUGGCCAGUUUGGCUGCAUAUUCAAUCCAUUUGCUGCUUACUCUAUGUGACCAGACAGGUGUUUCAUCCUAUGAAGAUCUGGGUGGCCGAGCAUUUGGGAGGUUUGGUAAAAUCCUGGUGGCCUGCGCUAUUCUUAUUCAGAACAUUGGAGCUAUGUCCUCCUACAUGUUCAUCCUCAAGUCUGAGUUUCCUGCCGCCAUCAGUGGCUUCCUCAGUCCAGAUCAUGAACGGGGUGAAUGGUAUGAGGAUGGCACCAUUCUUGUCAUCCUGGUUACUGUUUGUGUGGUGCUUCCACUGGCCAUAUUGCCCAAGAUUGGUUUCUUGGGUUAUACCAGCAGUCUGGCCUUUUUCUUCAUGUUCUUUUUCACAGUGGUGAUUGUAAUAAAGAAAUGGUCCAUACCUUGUCCACUCCCAGUCAAUGGAACUCUAAGUUUAUAUGAGCUGCCUUCGAAUGUGUCAGAAUGCACACCAAAACUCUUUGUUUUCAACAGCAAGGGCGCAUAUGCUGUCCCUACCAUGGCUUUCUCUUUCCUCUGUCACACUGCAAUCCUUCCUAUCUACUGUGAACUGCAAAGACCCAAUAAGAAGCGAAUGCAGUAUGUGGUGAAUGUCAGCAUAUCCCUCAGCUUUGUACUAUAUUUUAUCUCUGCCUUAUUUGGAUACCUCACCUUCUUUGAUAAGGUGGACUCUGAGCUGCUGCUAGGCUACGAUACCUACCUACCACGUGACAUCCUGGUGAUGCUGGUGCGUCUGGCUAUCCUUUUAGCAGUGCUGCUCACCGUGCCUCUCAUCCACUUCCCAGCUCGGAAGGCUGUACAGAUGUUGGUGAUGGGGAAUCGGCCAUUCUCCUGGUUCUCUCACUCCCUCACCACUCUACUGCUUCUCACCAUCGUGCUGCUGCUAGCCAUAUUUGUCCCUGACAUCAGGAACGUCUUUGGCGUUAUUGGCUCCACCACCUCCACCUGUCUGCUGUUUGUGUUCCCGGGCCUGUUCUCCUUGAGGAUGCGCUCCGACCCACUCCUGUCACUACCAGCCAUUGGGGCGGUGUGCUUGGUUGUGACUGGAGUGUUUGUUGGGUUGUUGAGUCUAAGCAUCAUCGUCGUCUUCUGGGCACAGAACUCCUGAUGCAAUCCCAGCCCCGUCAGGGUAAAACAACCAGUAUGCUGUUCUGAGCACACAGAACAGGACCAGUCGACACUCCUCAUUAUACACGGCUGUUUCUGCACAAGCAUGCACAUGCGCACACACUAAACUCUGAUAUUGAAUACUGUUUACAUAUGGACGUUUCUGUGAUGAGAAAACAAAUUAUGAAUUUUUGUCUUUUAUGAGAUCAUGAAUGUUGUGAUUUUAAUUGAUGUUUGAUAAUUGAAGCAAUAAUGGAUCUAAAAAGGGAUAAUUUUUAUAUGUUGAUAAUUUGUCUUUUGCACGUAUUUUCUGAAAUACUACAAUAAAUAUUUCACGUACUAAUUCAA